AUGGUGACAGGAGUGAUGUCUAUUGAAGAACAACUGGCCCAUAUGAGCGAAGUGGUCACGAAGCUGACGAAGAUGGUCGAAGAGAAAGAUGCCCAUAUUGCUUCUCUCAUCAACAAGUGGGAGGCAUAUCAGGAUAAGGAGCUUGGUCAAGACGUACACAAGAAAGGACCACAUCAUGAAGCUGAAUUCAGCAAGAAAGCAUCGGGUCAUGAAACGGAGUUGGUGAGAAGUUACACGAAAAAGGCAACGCCGCCUCGGUGGGUUCUUUAUCAGUCCAACAAUUGCAGGACAUGA